AUGAUUAUUAUGAUAUCCUCAGGAUUAGGCAGACUGCAGGUUCAGAAGCCAUCAAGUAAGCAUACAGGAAACUGGCUUUGGUCAAGCACCCAGAUCGAAAACAUGAGCCCAAUGCGACAGCCGAAUUCCAACUACUCAACGAAGCACAUGAACAUCUUUCUGAUCCCAAAAAACGCCAAGAAUACGACAGAAUAUAUAAAUCAAUGCUAA